AUGGCUUCCCCUCGAAUGUACCGCUUAGCGGAUUUUUUCGAAGUCAGAGAAAGGUUCGAGGUAUUCAAGGCUGCAGAUAUCAAAGAUGAGGAUCAUGAACCUAUCACUGGUGAAUUGCUGAAACAACGAGAAACACUCACAAUGAUAACUGUCGGACUCCAAUUUAUUCAGCAAUGUAUUGCCACCGAUAUUGUUCCUGGACACGAGGCAAUCAAUCUUUUAUGUUCUUUGGAUCACAUUGUAAUGGAAGUCGCUUCAACGGCGGAGACCCAGGCCCUCAAAGAACUACUUCAAAUCUUGCCGAAGAUCAUUUCGAACAUUAUUUUGCCCGCCGACCGAGAGGAAGUUAUGAUUUACGGAAGCCUCCAAUGGCUAUCAAAAUUAUAUCCUGGCUGGACUUUUCGAGCCGAUAAACGCAUUGGGGGAAAGCGCAGAGUGGUCCAGAAAAUGAAUCCGGGUUCCGAACCGGUGAUGAAAGAUACAAUGCAAAAAACACUCGUGUGGCUAGCAAAAAUGUAUUUUGGCUGGACUUUCCAAGUGAUAGAUAAAAGGCCACAAGGCCCCCUAAAUAAGUCCCUAAAAUUCUGCUGCACACACGACAUAGGCAGCGAUCGCAGGGGAGGAAAGGAGUACUUUUAUCCAGUGUAUUAA